UGGCCUUUGCAACUCCAACGCAUAAGACUGUUGACUCUCCUUGUCCGGUCAACAAUGGCAGCUGCAGACGUAGCAGAGCGCUCUGCUCACAAGCGACCCUUUGCUGCCUGGGUCAAGCGUCUGACCGGUCUGCACCCCAACAGCAAAAAGGCAAAGAAGGCCUCGCAGCUCAAGAACAACCCGUAUCCUCAGUCCGGUCGUCCUCAACAGUGCCGUCAUGAGUCGGCCAGCUCCUACUCGGCUUCCGCGUCCGACAAUGCCAGCAUGAACGUCCACCACACGGCCAAUUCCACCGCCAGUAGGAACUCGUCUCUCUCUGCCCCUCCAGUGAACAGCAACCGCUCCCAGGCCAACACUGUCGCCACCAUCCCAGAGACUAUCGCUUCAGAUGGUGGCUACUUCAAGUCGUCAACCAAUGGCCGAGGCGGUGCCCUGAGCUCAGUCGACGGCGCUGGACACAACAGCACCUUCUCCUCGCCCAAUCAGUCUCAGCAGUCUCUCACCACAACCCUGACCACCAUCCAAUCUACAAACGCAAACGCCCAUCUGACUCCCAACCCGGCUCAUGCCCACUUCUCUCAGCAACCGCCUUCCGCUAUUCCUCCUCAUCUCGCAAACACCUCCAACUAUAACAACAAUACACAAAACGACAAUGCUUCCAUCUUGACAUUGGCUUCUUCCAGCAAGCGCCGUCGUCGCUCUAUGGAUACAGAUGCCUCUGUCCGAGCUAUCGCCCCGAAGAGCAUGUGGGGAGACAGCCGAGAGUCUCUGCCUCUGAGCGUCCUGAGUGCAAACAUCGAUCACACCUCCUCUCGUCCUUCGGUCGGCGGCCUCAUCAGUGCUGAGCGUGCUAGUAUUUACUCGUCCAGAGAUGUCUCCGCUCCUGCCAUUGCAUCGGAUCGCAACAGCUACUACGCUGCGAGCCACAGACAAGUCAAAGACAGAGAGCGAGACAAGGAAGCUCAUCGGGAUCGUGACUUUGCGUCUGAUGGAAGAAGUCUGAACUUCGAUGCCAAAUCUCUCAACUUUGACGGCAGAAGUCUUGGUGGAGAUGUUGCUAGUCUGAGAGGAUAUGAGGGUAGUAUCCGCAGUGGUGCUCUCGGUCAUGGCCGCAAUGAUAGUAUCCCUAGCGGCGCUCCAAGUCCCAUGGUCGGUGGCUCUCCCCUGCUCAGAAGACCUUCUGGUGCUCUGACCUUCAGUUCUGAUGUUCGCGACAAGGAAGAUCAUGAACCGGCUGAUCACAAGAGUCAUGCUUGA